AUGUUAGACCGCCGCCUUGACGUGUUAGACCAUGGCGUGCGUGAGGCAAUGCAGGAGAUCUGCAGUGUCAAGAAUCCCGUUUGCAAUUACCAGUCAGAUUUCACAAUGGAGCAUUCGGGUGGACGUGACGGCACCGUCGACUCUCAAGCUGGAGUCAAUGACCUCAAUGCCAUUACAUCGCCUGGAUCUUCACAUGAUAGCCAAAUCAUGCUACAGCCUGCAGCAUUCCAUGGAACAUCGUCCGGGGUCAUGGGAUCGCUGUUAGGGGGUACAACAGGCUUAUUGCCCCACGGCGCUUGCAGUUCUCCUAUGACAGUUAAGCAUUCGGGUGGACAUGAUAGCAUCGUCGACUCCCAAGCUGGACUCAAUAGCCUCGAUGCUAUUCCACCAUCUAUAUCCUCGCACGGUCCCUACAUCGUGCCACAGCCUGCACCCUAUGAAGUAUCGUACGGGGUCACGGGAUCGGUGCCAGAGGGUACCGAAGGCUUAUUGCUCAACGGCACCCGUGGUUUUGCCAACAAUGUAACGCAUCAGGGUUUCCCGGCAUCCUAUGAAAUGGAUGUCACGGAAUCCUCAUCAGAGGGUGCAGAUUUAUCGUUCGAUGUCGAUGGCACGUCCGAUCCCGUGUGUGAGCCCGCUGGGCAACCCGCUGCCCAACAGCUUGGUUCUAUUGUGCAAACCGGCCGAGCAAAGGUCAAAGUAGGACGCCCCAAAGUAAAAUGCCCCUGGGACAAGUGUCCGAAAUUCAUCAGCAAGGAUGGCCUCAGCCGUCACAUUAACGAGGUGCAUGAGAAGAAGAUUGUGGCUGUUUGUCCAAGAUGCAAAAAGGAUUUCACACGGACGAAUGUGAUGACGCACCAUGCAUGUCCUUGUGAAAGAUCCUAG